AUGUUCAAUUUUCCGUGUAGACGCCCGACUUUUACAGAGGUCAUUACAGUCAUGAAUAUAGCAAGAAUCACUGUUGUAUUUGUUGCCAUCCUGGUACUAACUUGUGAAGGUAUGAUCUGCUUAACACUUGUUCGUGAUUUGUUCCGUGUGCAGAUUCUUUCAAAUUGUGCCAUGUUCACAUGAUCUCUUUUUUCACUUUCGCGGUACAAUUAUUUGAAAGCGAAUAGUCAACAGAGAGUGGCUCAAAAGACCGUAAUAGCGUAUGGAAAAUCAAUAGAUUACUGGAUUCAAAACAAUAACUAAUAAUUUUCUAAUUUAUUCGAUCAAGAGCUCACUUUCUCAUUAUCUUACUAACUUGUGUGCUUUGGCAUAAGUACUUUGUUUGCCUUUCUGCAAAAUCUUGUAGACGUGUGUGCCGUUGGCGGUUAGGUGCUCUAUUUUUGAUUAGAGACUCUUUGUCUAUGAUGAUAUCGAGGCCCAGUUGCAAAAGGCAUCUUUUUGAUCAAGUGGCUUUUUUUGCAACCGUUCCCUGUGAUCCGAGGGCGUUUUUUGGUGCUUUCUUUGUGCUCCCACUGUACUGGUUUGAUAGUCCUUCUUGGAGGAUACUGUUGAAGAAAUCCUCCAAAGAAAAGGAAACAGUCGCGUUAAUCUUAAUCACUAGUUGCUUUAUCAACCAGGGCCUCGUCUCUGCCAAAGGUUUAUCUUAUUUUCUAAAUGGAUCGAUUACCAGAAAAUAUCCAUUGAAAACCAACAAAAACCAAAACAUUUUAAGAACGACAGGAAAUCAAAAAGUAAUCAGUAAACUCAGUGUAGCAAGUUUAGGUUUUAGUUUCGGUUUCGUGCUUGACUGAUUUACAGGAUAGCAAUCUGUUUGGCCCGUCUUUUAUCCGUGUGUGUUAAGUUUAUAUGCUUUAAUCAUAAUCUUACUAUAUUAGUGUUUGCACCGAUUCCUUUGGAAAAAAGUUGGCUUGUGAAUCGGCUUUAACUUGGAAUAGCACAAAAUCAUCUUUAUAGCCUCGGAAAAGUUCACUGACUAACCUGAAGCACGUAAGACUCUUCAAAAUACAAAGCAAAUUUCCUUUCAAACUGAAAUACAAAACUUGUCUUCCCUGACCUUUCGUACCCUUAGCCCUCGGAUCCGUGAAGGAAUUUGCUCACAGUAGCAUCACCCAAGAAGGGUAAUACUACGCCGGUUGUUGUGCCAUGUGUUUGGGUAUGAACUACGCUGAAAUGCUGAUUAGUGUUAAUCCAGGAUUAAAAUUUUGUUCCGUUUUUGUAUUCUCGGUUUUCACUCACGUGAGAAAGCAGAAAUAAAAAUGGGAACCUUUUAAUACAGAAAGUGUAGAAUCUGGGAAAUGAAAGAAGAUAAAUAUACAAAAAGCCUUGCCAAGAAUCAGGUCUAUGCAAUAGUAGUAGUUCAUAUGCGAGAAAUUCGGAACAACAUUUUACCCAAAUUUAUAAAGCUUUGUAUGGAGACGCCAUGUUUGUGUCCCUUUCAGGGGCACAAAUAUGGCCGCCGGAAACUAACAGAAACAUCUGUUUUUGAGUUUUCCCACUUAUGCGUGAAUUCUUCGCUUGAGGAACUCAUAAAGACUGAAGCAAUAUUUAUUCUAAGACAAGGAAUGUUUAGAUAGCAAAAUCUCCAAAAAUGCGUAAUGUUUUUAACCCACUUAAGAGCUUUCCCGGCCGCCAGCCAAAUGUCGCGUCACGCGAAAGCCUGUAUCGUAAAACAAAGAACCCUUUUGAACCGAAAAUUUGUUUGUAUUAAGGUUUUAAGGUGCUCUAAUAUGACAUGAAAGUAGAAACUCAGAAGAAGCGAUAGUUUCUUAGUUCGAAUUUUGGUGACGUCAUGUGAAAACCAAGAAUUUCCAUUCCUGUGCAUUGCUUCGGGUAACAUUAUUAUAUUCCUAGACUUGCACUCAACUAAACAGGGACUGCCAUUGGCUGAUUCUUGGUCACGUGGCGUUGACUAAAAUCAAAUGUAUCCCGAUCGUGAUACAUUAAGCAAUGUACCCUGCUCGGGAUACAUGCACGUGAUCAAAGCAUGGUGGAAAGUAGUGUGACAGAAAGCGGGAAAAACACUGCCAGUUUUUUUUUUCGUGAAUGAACACAACAACUUGAACACAAACACGAAGCCUCAAGCUAAAAGGCAACGAUUUAUAAAGUCAUCCCAGAAGAGAAACAGCAGCUAGUGGAAGAAAACGAUGCAGAUAAUAUAAGGAAAGUAUUUUGUAAAACAUUAAUUCAGUGGUUUUAAGAAUUAAAUUUGUGUUGUUAUAGGUACCAAGUCGACUGUUUUGGUUCGCUCCGGUUAUUCGACUUAUUCUUUUGUUGCUGUUGAAGUACAAAUCUAGAAAUAGAACAAAACUCUUAAUGUCACGUCCCUCGGGAAACCAGUUAGUUUUGUUUUCCCGAGAGUCCUGAGAAAACAAAACUAUCUGUUUCGCUCGGGAUCUGACAUUAAGUGUAUAUUGUUGUGUUAUCAUCACUGUAUCUCGUAGUAAAGGCUCAAUAGUAUUUUUUAACCUCGAGUUGCAUGUUCUUAGACAAGAAAACCGUGCUUGGAACCGGGCACGGAAUGAUACGGGCAGUUACUUUCAGAUUUCGAUUUUUUUAUUUUGGUUCUUCAGCCCUUUGAAAUUCUCUCCGCAAGACAAUAAAAUAGACGAGAAAAACGGCAAAAAUAAGCUACUCUUAAAAUCUUAUUUUGUUGAUUAUGCUACUCAGUGUACUCCUUUGCAUUGCGAACUCCUCUAUAUCACUAGAAGGGCAACUAACCUCAUAUGAAUUGUUGGCCUUCAUGUGUUUUCAUUUCUUAAUGUGGUUUUCUUAUAGUUCAGUCCAUUUCCGGGAGAAGGACCUUGGACGCCCCAAUGCUGAAAGUUCUGCGAAAUAUCAAAGAAAUACUUGGUGAGUAAAAUCAAACACUAAACAGACCAAAAUUGGUUCUUAAUAAUUCUAAUUCGAAUAAAUGGUAAGUGCUGCGAAGAUCGUCUAAAAGUUCUACAGGGCUUGCUUGAUCUUCUGCCUUGUAGCCUGUUCCAGGCGUUCAGAUAGUAGAGCGCGGCGAUAAGUGGGGGAGCGAGUUAAGUUGUACACGAGUUAAGUUGUUAAGUUGUAUAAGUGGGCGAGAGCGAGUUUUCUCCUCCUUUCCCCCUCUAGUCUCCCCCCGGUUUUUUUGUCUUCUUGAAUUUUUCUCCCGCUCUCUACUAUCUGAACGCCUGGAACAGGCUACCAGCCUUGUAGUAAUGUAAUGAGGUUAUGUGUGUACAAAUGAAUGUAUGGUAAAUAAAGGCACUUCUUCUUAUGUAAACCUACUUUAGAACUUUUCAUCCCUUUUAACGGUUGUAAACGCAUCUUCUUUAAAAUACGUCUAAAUCACAAAACCAGAACGUUUUCUCAUUUUUUCGGUUUCACAGCUAUAAAAUUCAUCUGUUAGCCCUUUUGGGUCUCUUUACAAACCGAGAUGACAGAUUUCCCUACCCUUUUAUUUAAUUGAGGCCUGAAAAAGGCAACCUUUUUGUGCGGAGCCCCCCCCGUUUAAACCAUUAUAUAGGGUAAUUAUACAGGGGGGUUUAUUUGACAGGGGUUGGGGGGGGGGGGGGUAUUUAAUUAAGAAAGGACGAUGGUAUGAGUUAUCCAUAAAGAACUAGCAUACAAAGCGGAAAAGCUCAAGCACAAGACGUUUUUAGGUCAUGCAGCCGAUGAUCAGAAUCAAUUCCGAGCUAAAAAGCAGUCGUGAUUGCGAGUGCUUAAUUCAGUAUAUCAUUAAUUAUUAAAAACUGAAUCAUUGGAUAAUGCAGUUCUAGCAUUUUGAUUGGCUUAGCCAUGCUCUCCACAUAUGGUCGGUGUACGCGUCAGUUAAAAUUGGAAGCUAGCUGAGAUUUUUUUCGCGAAGGAUAGAACGGCGCCCGAAGCAAAUCGUUUUAAUUCAUUUCUUAGAAUGCUAGAAAUGCAGUUUCAUCGAAAGAAAAAAGACAAAACAAACAAAAAAGCCGCAAGAGCUUGUUUGAAAGUUUGUCGAAAAACACAUGAAAACACAUUGAGCUAAAGUACCUUGACCAGCUACGAAAGAGACAAGGUUUGUUUCUUCAUGAUCGCGAAGCCAUUCGCCGAUCGAGUCACUCGCCGAUAGAUAACUGUGGCUUGUUUAUCCGACAUCAAGAAUAAAAAUCACAAGUAACCAGCUACAAAUACAGGCUAUGCAGCCAUUCACUAGAGCAAUCGAGGCAGCAGUAUAGCUUCUUUUCUCGUUCAGCAAAACCAGCUUGUGGCCUCAAACAAUUUCUUAACAAGCGACCGAGGUAAUAGUUUUUCUCCGUUGUUCUUACUUUUAUAACUGCACCGAAAAUCCAAAUUCACAGUAAUUUCGACGGCUGUCACUUAAAAAUUAAUUUCCUUCACAUCAUCUGCCAGGUUUUUUUAGCUGUUCUGCUGUGUAAAAUCCUAGAAUCCCGAUCAGUUUUUAAAAAACUAAUGUUCAUUAAUGUUUUGAUUUUUCAUUCAUGCAGUCCAGGCGAGUCCGUUCACGGGUGACAGUUUUGAUCGACGCGUGACAUGUGAAUAGCGGAAGUCCCUUGUCUUUUCCGGUUUGUUCUAGCGAGAUUUUUUGGGCGUUUUUAAUAAAACAAUUAUUCCACUCGGGCUGGUUGGAUAUGAGAUGAUGAUUAUAGCCACCUCGGCGCCGCACGCGCCUCGUUGGCUAUCCCACAGCUCAUAUCCAACGCGCCCUCGUGAAAUAAUGAUGUUAACUAGAUUACUAUUCACUUGUGCAGUGAUUACUAUUCACUUGUUCAGCCCUACUUUUCACUAUUGUGAUGUUGUAUGGGGUGAUCGUUCCAAAACACGUGCCGACAAAUUGCAAAAGUUGCAAAAUAGAGCAGCACGGAUUAUUACCUCAGGCUGAUUACUCUAUCAGAUCAUCAGAUGUACUAAACUCUUUAGAGUGGUCAAACUUAGAAGAAAGAAGGAAAAGACACUUUAUUAGUUACGAUGUUUAAAAUAUUCAAUAAUGAUUGUCCGACGUACCUUCGGGAGCGGUUCAUAGAACCUCUGAAAUUCAUGACUAUAAUUUGAGGGGUUCUAACUAUGAUCUCCAACUACCACAACCUAAAACAAAUUUUCUCAAGCGUUCAUUUUUCUUAUCGGGUGCAAUGGCUUGGAACCAACUGUCAAAUGAAACACGUGAGAUUGGGAUCUUACUAGCUUUAAACUCGCCAUAUCUUAGGAUAUAACUUUUAUUAUGUUUUUAUGUUAUUUCUAAUACUCAUUUUUACUGUUGUUAUAUUGUAUUGUUAGUUGAUUACUAGUCUUAAUUUUAUAAAAAGUGUAAUUAUCACACGGCAUGUCUGAAAACCAGCUUGCUGAGCCAUUUACUGUGUUUAAAUAAAGUUGAUUGAUUGAUUGAUUAAUUAGAGGAGAUGAUAAACGGGGGAGGGGGCUUCAUAGAGGGGGGGGGGACUUAUUAACUUUCUUCCCUGAAAAGAGGGGAGGGGCUUAUUACAGGAAGGAGGCUUAUUUGAGAGGGGGGCAUAUUAGAGGAUUUACGGUAAUCAGGCAUCUGACUGAUAAUUGUCAUUUUCCGGUAUCUAAGUUAUCUUUGUAUGUUCAGAUUAUAAACGAUUUUUGCUAUUUUGAGUAACAGGUAAUAACCAAUUUCUUUGUUUCUGUCGUUGAAUAGAUCCCUGCCCCAGUGGCUGGACGCAUUUCAAAAGCUACUGUUACUUUGUGAGUAGCGCAGUCAAAAGUUGGCAAGAUGCUCGAACGUACUGCAAAAAAGCAAAGGGGAUCUUGUGAAGAUCCACAGCGAUGAAGAAAACGAGUUUGUUCUGAACUUGGUUUAUAAACACGCCCCAAGGACGAGACAGGUUUGAUCGGACUGAAGUGGGACGCGCUGAUAAGCAAGUUUAUCUGGGCUGACGAGGCGCGUCCAAAAUACACCAACUGGGACAACAAUGAACCGAAUCGAAACGCUUCCGAGCCAUGCAGCAAUAUGUGGACUGGAACUUGGGGCCAUGGAAACACUGGUUACUGGAAUGACAUGUCUUGCUUGAAUCGUGUUUACCCCGUGGUCUUGUCUGCAAGAGGCUGCCCUAGGCUGCAUCCACCAUAAAAGUCGAAAGUAGAAUGAUUCAAUAACCAAACUUGAUGUAAAACUAAAGGGCAUUUAAGCUAAAUAUCAAGAUAGUACUUUUAACAAUAAAAUGUGUGGAUGUAAUGUAGGCUGGAAAAUGAUUAAAAACAGUAAUCCGACUUCUCUGUUUUCCCAUUUUUGGUUGUUUUGGUUGGUUGGACUAGGUGACAAAUUGAGCAUGUGUAGGGGGACCUUUUUUGAAUUUCCCUUUUUAAUAUUCCCCAUACACAUACAGAAGAUUAUAUUGGUCGGAAACGGGGCACGGGGAACAGGGAGCUGGGAACGGGUAACGAGGAGUGGAAUGAGAAAUGAGAAUGAGGAAUGGGAGUGGGAAUGGAGGACGUGGAUCGGGGAAUGGGGAACGGGAACGAGCUCAGUCAAAAGGGAAAAUGAAAAAAAUAUAGGAAAAAAAAAAAAAAAACCCAGCUUAUUUCCCAGUUUAAUGAGUAACUUCAUCACCUAUUGCCUGUUUUGUUCCUAUUAGGUCAUUUUGCCCCUUUCCUCGUGCCAGUUAUCUCGUUACUUUGGUGAUUUUAGUAAAGGUCCCAAAUUAGCCGGUACUCACCAUUUGAAGGACAAAAUAUUGAUUCAUUCUCGCCUUUUUGAUCUUGAUUCUCUAAGCGGUACCAUCGUUAUUUAUAAAGAAAGGACUACUCCUCCUGGGCGAAUCAUGCUUUUAGGCAGCUGUGUCGCGUUGAUGUAUCCGGUUGAAAGGCAAACAAUGAGAGCUACCAACAAAUUGAGUGGAAAAUAAAAAUAACAUAGCAAAUACAAAAAAAAAGGCACUGAUGGACAAAAAUUAAAAUGAUUAAAACGGAUUGCAAUUGCGGUUUUUAAAUUGUCAUUAAGUUAUUGUGGUCAAACCUUUCCAUACCAGCCACCUUGGGAACAGACGAAAUGACCGUUGUGAGAAGUUGGCCGUUAUGGGAGGUAGGGGUGUAAUACAACAACUAUUUUUAGGAAGCACAACAUGUUUCUUUUGCUGCGUUCAUGUUUACUCUUUCCCUUAAUAAUAAUAAUAAUCCAAUAAUAAAGAAUAUACCUAGAUAAAAUAGACAAGGAAACUUCAAAAAUGUUUUGAAUCAACAUUCGCUGUAAGUAUCGUAGACAAUUUUUGUUUACUGCAGCACUGUAAGUAGCUGAAAAAGGCCGUUGUCAUAAGAGUUUAUUUUGGCAGUUGAGGACAUUCUUUAGUGGCCGUUGCCGCUGUAGUGAGGUGGCCGUUGUGGAGUGGUGGGCGUUAGUAGACGUUCGAGUUUAAUUAUUUAAGUUGUUAGCCUGACAGUUUUUCCAAAGUUCAUUUUGAUGUUUGACACGUUUGACAUAAUACUGUGGGAGAAGUUUGUUCGAUACAAAACCGUGAUUUUCAAUUUGCCAGUCAUUUACAAGUAAAAUCCCUCUAACGUCAAGUUCCUUGGCGAGCAAAGGCGCGUUAUUUGCAAUAUUAACCCAAUGAACUACGUCAGUUGUGAUUCAGCCCUUAAAUAGUUUCUGAUGGACCUGCAAAGAUGGCGGUGCCUAUUCGGUAAAGAGACUCUUACGCACGAAGAUUGUGUGACCUGACAAUUAAGUGUGCUUUCGUCCCAGAUUUUAAGUAGUUGGUUCAGUGACAAUUCUGAAAACAGCAAAUAUGUCUGAAAUUUUUUGUUACAAUCGUACUAGCCUGUGAACGCAGAAGUACUUACUGUGGUCGCUUCUGAUCUUAAAAACUGGGAUCAGGUGUUUUUUUUAAAGAGCGGAUGAGUCGAGAAGGAUAAUAGGAGAGGGCGUAAUCUCAGGCUACUGGCUCCAAUUAAGGGCUCGAUCAAGGUGUUAUGAGCUUCCUAAUGCAAGAAUACGUAAGAACUUUUGACGAUAUUUUUUUUGAAGGUAACAUGGUCGUAAUUCUUUUACAGUUCAGUCUGGCAAAAAUCCAAAAGAAAUGUCAGCGACACCGCUUUGUUGACAGCCUUGAGAAGCAUUGAAUGAUUACUGACUUGGUACGUAAACACAAGCAAAGGUUCAUCAUCAGAUAGAACACUCUGUUCUUAAUGCUACUCAUUUUUUUUGAUCGAUCUCUUGUCCUGUUAUUCAUUUCUUACCUGUAAUAUUUGUCAGUCAUUGCCCUUGUCCCAGUCGCUGGGCUUUGUAGCUACUACAACUUGGUAAAUAUCUCCAUCAAGAAUUGAUACCCAGGUGUGCUUACCAUUAAGCCAAAACUCCCUACAAAAUUUCGGACGGGAGAUUAAAAGUAAGGUCACUUUUGGUAAAUCCUCAGUGAACAUCGAGGACUUCCUUCGCUGGUGAUAAACGCUCAAAUAUUCCUUUGACCUCGUAGAAGGACCUACCACAGCCUGUAAAGCGAAAUAAGCUUAAUCGAGAGACUGAAAUAAGUACAAAUGCAUCGCCCAAAAUGGCAGCCCAUAUUUUCUAGUUUUUUCGCCAGAAUGGUGUAAAAAUGUUUGAUUUUCCCAUCGGAAAUUUUGAGUAAUUUACCCUCAGAUUUGGAUUUUCUUAAAGGGACUGGUUCACGAUAAUGCGCAUGCGCUCCGUUUGUCUCUUCAGAAUAAAUUUGUUGGGUCAACACUAAAUUCGAAAUCGCCAUUACCGGUACAAUCAUUGAAAAUCCUUCGUUUUAUUCGGACAUCCGUCGCUUUGGCUAGUCUAGUUAUACUUCGGUAGUGGUGAUUAACGUGUGGUUGUGUCGUUUGACUGGUUACGUUUUAAGAAGACGCAAAAAAUAAUGUUUUGAUCAUGGAGGUUGAGAAGAGCAUCGUGGCCGUCCGGCAACAGGACGUUCUCAAGAGUCUCUGGAGAUAGAGAAGCUUAGCCUAUCGAUCUGGUAUGGUUCUAGGAGUAGUGUGUGGCAUACGAAAAGAAUACACGACACUUGGAAAGUGGUUAAAGGCAUGAGUUCGUUCAACUUUGAUUUGAUUUUUGACUCCGACCUGUAGUUAUACCGCAACAGGCCGCGCGAUCUUCACCGAUCUGGUACACUUGAAAUGUUCCUUGUAUCUUUGCUUUACGAUCGUAUAUGUUUAAGAAUUGAUGUUUUUAAAAUAAAUUAUUGCCUGAAUAUUCUGUUCAUAAUCUAGUUUCUUUAUGUGUGCUACUCGAUAACAUUUGUUUUGCGGAACACUGACCCGAUGCAACGCGAAUGAAUUUGUUCAUUUGCUGAUAAGCAAUUGAAAUUUAUGCUCAAUUAAGGAUAAUCUUUAUACUCAUACGUUGUGUGUUUUUGUCACCGGUCCGGCGCUAUUUGUAGGUAUUUCUGGGUUUAUAUAAGGCGAACUGAGAGAACAGUAAUAAGAUGUUUGUUUACAAAUUUUGUUUGCCGAUCGGUGACUGUUUUGUUAGCGUGGGUACGACCUCGUAAAAAUACACGUUGGUAAAUGUUUGUUUCAAAGCAGGACAGGGCUGUAAAUCUUAUUCUUAUCGGCUGCAACAUAUAUCUGAGGAGUAGCAAAGAAUAAAAUUGAAUUAUGGGGGUAAAUAAAAUCAAACCAAAUGCCCGGAAAUACUCUCGCGUCGCGAACAAUUAAUUUGAAUUUUGUAAAUUUACUUGCGUGCAUCUAACUCGCUUCCGAUUGGUUGAAAAACAAUCAGCUACUGUCAGAACUCACACAUGCGCAUUAUCGUGAACAAGUCCCUUUAAAUUCUAUUUUGGUUCUUCAGCCGUUAUCUUCCCAAGAAAAUCGAAGAGACAAAAUCAAAAGCAAAAAAUUGGCAAAAAGCUACUUUUAAAAUCUCAUUUUGGUGGUCAUGGUACUCAAUGUAUACUCGAUGUACUCCUUGGCGUUGUAAACUACUCGGUAUCACUAGAGGCGCAAGUAACCUCAUAUAAAUUGGCGGUCUCAUUUUUUCAUUUCUAAAUGUGGUUUUCUUAUAGUUCAGUCCAGUUCCAAGAAAAGUGCCUUUGACGCCGCAAUACUGGAAUCUCUGCGAAAUUAAAGAAAAACUUGGUAAGUACAUCAAACAAGAAACUGUCCGAAGAUUUCAAUGAUGUAAUCUUCUUCAUAUAUAUAUUCAGCGAAUAUUUGUUUAUUUGCCCGACCGUCAUAAAGAACGUGUGGCCCCGUGGGGUACUCAACAAAGUUUUAUGAGGGGAGGCUCCUCCGCGAGUUCCAAGCAAUAACCCUUUUAUAUAACAUUUUCGACCGAAAAAAAAAUCGACAGAAAUAGUAGCCCUUUCGUUUACCUUCUAUUGACAAAUGGUAUACCUUCUUAAACCUUCUUUUGACAAAUGGUACCCCUAAAUCACAAGACCACUCUCAGCCCUUUGCGGCUAACCAAAACCGAAAUGAUCGGCAGUUCCCUAUCCCAUAGGGUAGGGUUUUUGCGCCGUUUUGGUCUGAAAACGGGUAUACACUUUGCCCAUUUUGGUCUGGAAUCGUGUAUGGUUUUCGAGGGAACUACGGAGUGUAAGAACGUAUUUAUCGUUUCAACUCCAAAUGAGUAAGCAACAAAGAGAAAUAUGCGAAUUCGAAAUGGAUUUGAACAUUUUUUUGUUUGAGCUCUAACGGGUAAGUAAUGAUAACAUAAUUUCUGCGUAAAGGCCAGGUCUGAAAACGGGUGUGGAAAAUUACAUUUUUUGGUCUGAAAUCGGGUCAGGAUUUGAGGAACCGGGCGGUAUAUCCCCACCAGGCUAGAAUUCCCAGGAGUAACCCCCGGGGAAAAGUGUCCUCUUCUUCUGCGGGGCCUCCCUGUAUAGGGCAUUAUAUAGGUUCCCCCCUGCACAGGUAGUUGGAUUAAGGCCAAUUUUUUCAGUUCAUCCUUUAUUUGAAAUUUAAUAUCCUAUUAUUUUCCAAUCUGAGAACACUUUUAACCUUUUUCAGGCGUUCCUUGUCCACAGGGCUGGGUGCGAUUUAAAGACUACUGCUAUCAUAUCGGUACCGUUAUCAAGACUUAG